GCUCUACAUAGUAUAUUAACUUGGCUGCGAAGGGGAACUAGGCUACUCAGAACCGAUAACAGGACUCCUAAUAGCUACCGCAGAACAACUUGUUUGGUUCAUGAUGUUUGUCUGGUUUUGUGUUGUCGUUUGUGCUUUCACCGGUCGCUUUGUAACCGAACAAUAUCCGACUGUCGGCGCCACGCAUAAAGCUCCAGCGAACAACACCGAGGUUUUAGACAUAGCACUGUAUGCUGUGGCUUCAUUCAACGAAGGCAACUCAGGAGGCAUGUUUAAUUACACAAUUGUGAAUAUAACAUCGGCUGAAAUUCAGGUUGUCGACGGAUUUAACUACAUCCUGGAAAUGAUCCUGGGACAUACAACGUGCAAGACGGGCAACGCUGCUGCUAGCGAGAACGGCGCCGCUGCUGCUAGCGAGAACGGCACCGCUACCGGCACCACCGCUGCUGCUAGCGAGAACGGCACCGCUACCGGCACCACCGCUGCUGCUAGCGAGAACGACACCGCUACCGCCACCACCGCUGCUGCUAGCGAGAACGACGACGCUGCUGCUAGCGAGAACGGCACCGCUGCUGCUAGCGAGAACGGCACCGCUACCGGCACCACCGCUGCUGCUAGCGAGAACGGCACCGCUACCGGCACCACCGCUGCUGCUAGCGAGAACGACACCGCUACCGGCACCACCGCUGCUGCUAGCGAGAACGGCACCGCUGCUGCUAGCGAGAACGGCAACACUGCUGCUAGCGAGAACGGCACUGCUAGCGAGAACAACACGGCUACCAGCACCACCACCGCUGCUGCUAGCGAGAACGGCACCGCUGCCACCGCCGCUGCUGAUGGCGAGAACGGCACCGCUACCGCCGCUGCUGAUGGCGAGAACGGCACCGCUGCUGAUGGCGAGAACGGCGCCGCUACCGCCGCUGCUGAUGGCGAGAACGGCGCCGCUACCGAUAGCGAGAACGGCACCGCUACCGCCGCUGCUGAUGGCGAGAACGGCACCGCUACCGCCGCUGCUGAUGGCGAGAACGGCACCGCUACCGCCGCUGCUGAUGGCGAGAACGGCACCGCUACCGCCGCUGCUGAUGGCGAGAACGGCACCGCUACCGCCGCUGCUGAUGGCGAGAACGGCACCGCUUCCACCGCUGCUGAUGGCGAGAACGGCACCGCUUCCGCCGCUGCUGAUGGCGAGAACGGCACCGCUGCUGAUAGCGAGAACGGCACCGCUACCGCCGCUGCUGAUGGCGAGAACGGCGCCGCUACCGAUAGCGAGAACGGCACCGCUACCACCGCUGCUGAUGGCGAGAACGGCACCGCUGCUGAUAGCGAGAACGGCAACGCUGCUCCUUACCAAACAUGUGACUUCCUCUCUGACCCCAAGAAACUUCAGUGCAACUUCACAGUUUAUGAAGACUUUCAGAAACUUUCACGUGUGCUUUCUCAAAAUCUGUGUAAGCCUACUGAUUCUGACUAGUGUGAAAUAAAUGUAUUAUUUGAAAUGGAGCUUUAUUAAAAUGGGCCACUAUCAACACCCUGUACUGAUGUUCAA